AUGUUUUUGAUCUAUUUCUUCUCACUGAUCGUCGCUAUUAUCGCCAUUGGCAGGACCAAAACAUCAACCACAUCUGCAUUUCCCAACUGUGAAAGUAGAAGCGGUGUCGCGGGAUCUUUAGUACCGCGAAUGCUUUGCAGCGAUCAUCGGCGAUUAGUAAAGCGCACCGAUAAUGAUCGAGUUUGCUGCGUACCAACGAGCCCCGGACGCUUAAUCGCGCACCCGAACGCAACUAAACUGGCUCAAACUAAGUGCGGUACGGUUGGGUUAAUGAAAAAAAUUCAACACGGUACGACUGCUCAGCGCGAGGAAUUCCCGUGGAUGCUGAAGUUGAUUUACGACUCCAAUGACGUGUGUAGUGGUACACUGAUUCAUCCACGAUACGUACUCACAGUCCGGAACUGUAUCAAUGCGCAACUCGUGAAAGUUCUACUCGGUGUACAGGAUCUUCCCAGGAGAGUCCCAGGAAUUCAGGACAUGAAUAUCUCGGAAACAUUUAAGCACUACUCUUACGACGUAGGUCUAUUGCGAUUGGCCUAAUCAGCCACAGUGGAUGGCGAUUUCGUGCGAACGAUCGGUUUGCCGAUUUUUUCGUCCCUCCGUAUGUAUUUGCCCCCUACGGUCACCAUUAGUGGGUGGGGAAUCACGGGGACAAAUAAGGAAUCAGGCAUGCUGCUGAAAGCGAAUAUACUGGUGCUGAUACAAAAUGUCACACAAGAUGACAUAGAAGACUAUAUCGUCUGUGUCGAUGGUGUGAAUCACUCUAAUCAAUGCCCUGAUGUUUGUGGCUGA